UUCGGCACCACCUGAAAGCCACUCCUCAUUCUUCUCCUCCGUUGCUCAGAACUGUCAAUAACGCAAAGGCAGCGGACUUUUCGUUCCGGUGAUGUGCAAGCUCGACUUUCACAUCCUAGACGUGUGACAGAACCGGCGUCGCACUUUCGACUUGUCCCGCUGCGUUUGCGCGUCGCCACACAUAUUGUCCACCAUGCAUCAAGCCAGGAAGCUUGGUUAAUUUUCCCGAUUUUUAUUUAUUUUUUGUUCAUUGUUAAUUCUCUGGAGGGGGGUCCACAGUGGCUGCGUAAAUCCAACAAGCACGGUGCGUCGGAAACGACCAAAAUGCAGGUUGAUCGGAGCAAGGUCCGUGCUUGGAGCGCAUGUUUUUUAUUACUUUCUUCAACUCUAAGUUACGGCAUAAUCGAGGUUGGAGGAUUUCAUCAAAGCAUCCCUCCGUCAGUAGUGAAGCUAUGGGCUUCAGCAUUUGGUGGGGAGAUGAAGUCAAUCUCUGCAAAGUACUCAGGCUCCCAGCUGCUGCAGAAGAAAUACAAGGAGUUCGACAGGGCCGUGCGUGUGGAGGAGAUUGAUGGGCUGCGUCUCGUGAAAAAACUGGCUGAGAACAUGGAGGAGAUGUUUCACAAGAAAGCCCAAGCAAUGAAGAGACUUGUAGUGGCAGCAGAGGAAGCCCACCUACAGCACGAGGAGGAUCCAGACCUGCUGUAUGAAUACUUCAAUGCGGUGCUGAUCAAUGAAGUGGAUGAGGAGGGCAACAAUGUGGAGCUGGGAGGAGAAUUCAUCCUACAACCUAAUGACCACUUUAACAACCUGUCAGUCAACCUUAGCCUCAGCGUGGUCCAGGUGCCCACUAACAUGUACAACAAGGACUCUGCCAUCGUUAAUGGAGUGUACUGGUCAGAAGCCUUGAACAAAGUAUUUGUGGAUAACUUUGAGAGAGACCCAUCGCUCAUUUGGCAGUACUUUGGCAGUGCCAAAGGCUUUUUCAGACAGUACCCAGGGAUUAAAUGGAAACCGGAUGAACACGGCGUCAUCGCUUUUGACUGCCGUAACAGGAAGUGGUACAUCCAGGCUGCCACCUCUCCAAAGAAUGUGGUGAUUCUUGUCGAUGUCAGCGGAAGCAUGAAAGGUCUCAGACUGACUAUUGCCAGGCAAACUGUCUCCUCCAUACUGGAUACUCUUGGGGAUGAUGACUUCUUCAACAUCAUUGCUUACAAUGAGGAACUGCAUUAUGUGGAGCCGUGCCUGAAUGGAACGCUGGUCCAAGCUGAUGUCGCCAACAAAGAUCAUUUCCGGGAGCACCUUGACAAGCUGUUUGCUCAAGGCAUUGGAAUGUUAAACAUUGCUUUAAGUGAGGCUUUCAAUCUUCUCAAUGAGUUCAAUGAGACCGGUAGAGGCAGUGAGUGUAGCCAAGCCAUUAUGUUGGUUACAGAUGGAGCGGUGGAUACAUACGACGCCAUCUUUGCCAAGUUCAACUGGCCAGACAGGAAGGUCCGCAUAUUCCCUUACCUGAUUGGCCGAGAGUCAGCCUUUGCAGAUAAUCUCAAAUGGAUGGCAUGUGCUAACAAAGGUUACUUCACUCAAAUAUCCACCCUGGCAGAUGUCCAGGAGAAUGUGAUGGAGUACCUCCAUGUGCUGAGUCGUCCCAAGGUGAUCGACAGGGAGCAUGAUACAGUUUGGACCGAGGCCUACAUUGAUAGCACGCUCCCUCAAGCACAAAAGCUGGAUGACGGUCAAGGUCCAGUUCUGAUGACCACCGUGGCAAUGCCUGUGUUCAGUACCAAGAAUGAGACUCGGAACCAUGGCAUUUUGCUUGGGGUGGUAGGAACUGAUGUCCCUGUCUCAGAGCUCCUCAAGACUAUUCCUAAAUACAAGUUGGGCAUUCAUGGCUAUGCCUUUGCAAUCACCAACAACGGCUACAUUCUUACCCAUCCAGAUCUGCGGCCACUUUAUGGCGAUGGCAAAAAGCGAAGGAAGCCAAACUACAGCAGUGUAGAUCUGUCUGAGGUCGAAUGGGAGGACAAAGAUGACACGCUGAGAAACGCAAUGGUCAACAGAAAGACGGGGACCUUCUCAAUGGAAGUGAAAAAGAGUAUCGACAAAGGGAAGCGCGUGCUGGUGUUGCAAAAUGAUUACUACUACACAGAUAUCCAGGGUACUCCUUUCAGUCUUGGAGUAGCUCUUUCCAGAGGCCACGGCAAGUUCUUCUUCGCAGGGAACGUGACUGUGGAAGAAGGUCUUCAUGACUUAGAGCACCCUGAUGUAGCCCUUGCAGAUGAAUGGACAUACUGCAAUACAGAUGAUCACCCAGAGCACCGCUACCUGACCCAGAUAGAGGCAAUCAAACGCUACCUCAGUGGACAUGAACCCCAACUACGAUGUGAUAAGGAUUUGGUUCAAGAGGUGCUUUUUGAUGCAGUGGUAACUGCCCCACUAGAGGCAUAUUGGACCAGCUUGGUGCUCAAUAAGUCUGAGAACUCUGACAAAGGAGUUGAGAUCGCCUAUCUUGGCACAAGGACCGGCCUGUCCAGAAUCAACCUGUUUGUUGUACCUAACAAACUUACUAGUCAAGACUUCCUGACUGCUGAGGAUAAAGAAGGCGUGUUCAAUGCCGAUCAUUUCCCCUUGUGGUACAAAAGGGCAGCAGAACAAGUUCCUGGCACCUUUGUCUACUCCCUUCCCUUCAACACAGGCUCAGAAAACAAGAGUGUCGUCUUAGCCAGCACAGCCAUUCAGCUCCUGGAUGAGAGGAAAUCACCCAUAGCUGCGGCUGUUGGCAUCCAAAUGAAACUAGACUUCUUUCAGAGGAAAUUCUGGACAGCCAGCCGACAGUGUGCUGCCCUCGAUGGGAAAUGCUCCAUAAGUUGCGACGAUGAGGAUAUUAACUGCUACCUCAUUGACAACAACGGCUUCAUUCUGGUGGCAGAGGACUAUACUCUGACAGGAAAGUUUUUUGGAGAAGCCGAAGGGGCUGUAAUGAGUAAGCUCCUGCAGAUGGGCUCUUUCAAGAGGGUAACUCUUUAUGACUACCAGGCUCUGUGUUGGGUGUAUUCCGAGAGCAGCGAUAGUGGAAACGCACUGUUUGAUCCUUACUUUGCCUUCCUCUCAGCUGUCAAGUGGCUCCUUACGGAGCUUGUCAUAUUUUUGGUCGAGUUCAACCUGUACAGCUGGUGGCAGUCUGACCUCACCGCAAAAGCUCAGAGGACGGGCCGCGCCAUGCAAGUACCAUGCGACACCGAGUACCCGGCCUUUGUCUCAGAGAGAACCAUCAAAGAAAACACCGGCAACAUCGACUGUGACGGCUGCAUCAAGUCCUUUGUAAUUCAGCAGAUCCCCAGCAGUAAUCUCUUCAUGGUGGUGGUGGACAAUAAGUGCGAUUGCAGCAUGUUUGAGCCAAUCACCAUGGAUCCUGUUGAAAUCAUGUAUAACGAGUCUCUGAAAUGUGAGAGACUUAAGAUGCAAAAGGACAGGAGGCGCCCAGAUACCUGUCACCCGUUCCACCCUGAGGAGAACUCAAUGGAGUGUGGAGGAGCUCACACUCUCACACCGUCGUUUUCCGCAACACUGCUCUGCGUUCUCCUGGCGCUCUUCCCCAGGUCAUUUAUCACUCUAAAAUGGGCUGAGAGCUGUUUGGGGUCAUCACACAUUGAAUCCGGUCUGUCAUUCCUUCCUGGUUGCCAGAUGAGUGAGACCAAUGUGUGUUGCGACACAACAUCGGCGUUUAGGCAGACACAUGGGCUGUGCGACCUUUUUGGAUGAACGGAAAUCCUUCAUAAUAACUCUGGCAAUGACAUCGUUCCCCCGUUGCACAACUGCAUGACUAAAUGGCCAUGAUGUCUUUGGGAAAUAAUUUACUCUGUUUAUUUUCAACACAGUUGGCCUAAGUAAGGCGUUUUCUUUUGUUUUGAUCAAGUGGACAUGUUUCCUCUGAAGUUUGGCCACUUAAAAUAACAACAAUGUGAAGUCAUAUUUACCAUUACAAUCCCGGAUCACCCACAUUAGUCAGACAGUAAUAUGUUUGUGUUAGCACUGUUGCAAAAGAACAAAUAUUAUAACACAGAUGUCAUAACACAAACAAAUUUUAGUAAAAUGGC